UCGGCUCUAUAAUAACACAACUAACCACUACAUCUUUACACUCAGAUAAAAACACUAAUUGGUGGCCGGCUAUACGCGUAAAAGAGGAUUUCUAAACGCACGCGUUUCAUUUUUUUCCCCUUAAUUGCUGCGUUUAAUCGAGUUCAGCCCGCGCUAUCCACGGAGUCGCAAAAGCAACACCAAAAGUAACGCACGGAGAGUGAAAUUACUUAACAUUUAACAGGUUUACAAACUGCUUUCUUUUUCUUUAACGACGUUAAUGAGGGGAUGCAGGACUUUAUUGGUGCGCACCAGGCAGGUGUCCCUGAAGGCGCCAUGGAUCAACUUGGAUACGUGAGCCCGUUUUUAAACAGCAGGAGGAUCCAUUUCCAUCAGAUGACUGGAAGCGCUGUCAGUGGUGAGUGAGGAUCAGCCCAUAUUCGAGCCGCCCUACACUGCAGCCCCGGCCAUGCACAUGAAGACCGAAAUGACGUCACCCGGCGGGUAUAGCCAGGCCUCCAAGCAGAGUCCCGAGCACACCGAGUCUGAGUGGGUGGGGUCAGCGGCACAGAACCCUGGGAAAAGAGGCGAACACGUCAAUGGAACCAGCCGUGAGUCCCCUGUGGAUUGCAGUGUCACCAAACGCUCUAGACACAUGAGCAACGACAGCGCCCCAAUGCCAUACCAGGCCUCAUAUCCGGAGCCUCGCGUCAGCCCCCAGACGGCAACUCCACCCAGCAACGCCACAGAGGAGAAGAGGGUCAUCGUGCCGGCAGAUCCUGAGGUUUGGACACAGGACCACGUGCGGCAGUGGUUGGACUGGGCCAUUAAGGAGUACGUCCUAGAGGAGGUGGAUGUCAUGCUCUUCCAAGCACUGGAUGGCAAGGCCCUGUGCAAGAUGACCAAGGACGACAUGAUGCGUCUCACGUCGGCCUACAACGCAGACAUCCUGCUCUCACACCUCAGUUACCUCCGGCAGAGUAGCCCUACGUUCACGUACUCCACAACUCCUACCAGCAACACACCACCACAACAACCCAGACUACAGGUGAAAGCAGAGAGCAGCUUUGAUGAGAUCAGCCGCAGGAACAGCUGGCCGGCAAACACCAUGAACACAGUGCCCAAAGGUCCCUCCAUGGAGCACCAACACAGCACAAGAGUUACCGAGCCUUCUCCAAGAAUUGGACCAGACCCGUAUCAGACAUUAGGGCCCAUUAGCAGUCGGCUAGCCAACCCAGAAGGCCAAGCCCUCAGCUCAUCCAAGAACCGAACAGGCAAACAAAGUCCAUACAAGCUCCCUGACCCCAGCGCUCACAGGCCUGUGGGUUCGGGGCAGAUCCAGCUGUGGCAGUUCCUGCUGGAGCUGCUGUCUGACAGCAGCAACGCCAACAUCAUCACCUGGGAGGGCACCAACGGCGAGUUUAAGAUGACUGACCCAGACGAGGUGGCAAAGCGCUGGGGAGAGCGCAAGAGUAAGCCCAACAUGAACUAUGACAAGCUGAGCCGCGCCUUGCGCUACUACUACGACAAGAACAUCAUGACUAAGGUGCACGGCAAGCGCUACGCCUACAAAUUUGACUUCCAAGGUAUCUCGCAGGCACACCAGAAUCACUCAGCAGAAGGGGGACUUGUUAAGUACCAGACUGAGAUGUCUUAUGUCCAGUCCUACCACAGCCACCAGCCCAAAAUGAACUUCAUGAGUGGCCAUCCUGCAUCUAUGCCUGUCUCCCCUGGCAACUUUUUCAGCCCUCCGUCGACGUACUGGAACUCACCCAACAGCCCCAUCUAUCCUGGGUCAGCCAUGACCAGACAUCCCACCUCCCACUCCCACCUUAGCUCAUACUACUGAGGACGACGCCGUUCAAACCUGAAUGGGAUAACACAGGAAGGGAACCUAAACGUGCUAUAAAAAAAACGAAACAUGCACAUUCCAUCGAGGAUGCACCUGAGCUGAACCCUGUCUGAAAUGAAGGUGAUAUGACGCUACGGUCUGUUUUUAUAAGGGCAUUAUGGUGUCUUUGUCGCAUUCCUUCUUAAAAUGGACACAAUGUGGAGGGUAAAUUAACUCUGAUGAAUGCAGAAGAUUGGUAUUGUACUCUUCCAAAGGUUUUAAAUAAAUGUACUUAAGACAAUGUAUUCAUUGAUAUGUGAUUACGAUGUUAUGAAACCAAGUUUAUUUUGUAAAGUACUACUAAAGUAGUUUGAUAGUACUUGUUGUAAAGACCAAAGUCAUAACCUUUACUGUCUGAGUAGCAUAACCGUUUUAAAACUGUUCUUUUUACUUCAUAGGUCAAAACUGCAGUUAUUACAUUCAAUGACCUGACAUUUGUAAAAGUGGAAUUGUACAGAAUGAUUGUCAUGUAGCAAUAUACCAUUUACUCACAAUGUAAAGCUAAUAAAUGAUGCUUGUACCUGAA